GUAAGAUGGCGACUUGACAACGCUGUGUACAGAGAUGAUGCUCUCUCUCCAAGUCUCUUGGUUAACGUAAAUAUGUAGCCUACAUUCAAGAUUUUGAAAAUGGAGGCUUGACUGGCUGAAUAUUUAAUCACCCUCUUUAAAACUCAAAAGAAUCAUGGCUUCGAAAGUAGAGUCAGGCCUUUCAGAUGGCACAAAAUUGCCAAGUGUCAUGAUAGGAAGGAGCUGCUUGGUCUCUCCACCAUCAUCUGUCAAGCCCACUCAAAUGAGUCCGAAGGAAAUAGCAUCAAAUUGGUGCUCAGAACUUAGGAACAGGAUUACUGAAAACAUUGAGUGCCAUGAGGAUGUUAAUGAGGAUGAUGUCAUGCUGUUGAAACAAGAGCUUAUCGGAGUCUUCAUCACUGCACUGCAACAAGACUCGCGUCCACAGUGGCAAGUCUUUGUGGAGAUAUUGACUCUGCUGGAACCUUUCAAAAGCCUAUUUGAUUACUUUGAGACAAGGGCAGAGUUGCAUCAUUACCUGGAACGAGUCCUUCAACAUGUUCACCUUCACAAGGAACGGCUCUUUGACCUGCAGAUUGAGGCUGUACUAGAAAAGAUAUUUCCAGAGGAAAUAUCUCUGCUGAAGGGUAAAGAGCCUGUGUGUGUGAGGAACUACUGCAGUGCUCCUCCUCCUGUUCUCUCUCUCAGCAUCCCAUCGCCAGCCAAACUCCCCUCAGCUCUGCAGCAACCUCUGCCUCACCAGUACCCUGGCAGGUUCCUGCCUGAUGGAACCAAUCCCUACUCGACAUAUAUUCCAACUGAUGAAGAAAUUCUGGGAGCUAAAAAGCUUACUUUUGGAGACCUAAGCAAGUCAAUGGGAGCUGUUGGUCUUGAAAUGGCUGCAAGAGAGGCCAUCUGGAGCCACUCAGUUGGGACCACGGCGCUGGCCCUUGCCACAGACAUUCCUGGAGAGAAAAUGAGCCCAAGAAAGGAGAAGAUAGACAGAAUGAGUGAAGUGAGCAAAAGUCUUCCCUCUGUGUUGUCUUCAAGGUCAGAGAAAACACCACGACCAGCACCAAAGAUGCAAGAAGAAGUUCCCGUGAUGACUGGACGAGAGGCUGUGCAAUUCUUUGCCGGGUGUCACCACACAGGGAAGAUAAAGUCUCUGUACCUCAACAUUGCCCCCAACAGGCACUACAGGCCUUAUGAUUUGAUCUCUGUUCCCAAGAACAAGGUGAAUCGGGAGCACUACGUCUUCUCCACAUUUGGAGUUCUCCACGUGUACCCUGACCAGCCUGCGGAGAACAUGACACUGGCCGAGUGGCAGCGAGAAGCCGUGCUGUGGAAGGCAGCAUCCAGCAUACCGUUCUUUAAGAACUAUCUGGUGUCUAAAAGUUUCUACAGAUGGAGUGCCAACCGCCAGUACACAGAGUUCCAAAGACGACAGAGGAGUAUCUCCCGGAACCUUCUGAGCUCUCUGCCCCCGUUUGGUGCUGCACUCCUUCAAAUUUCUGGUUUGCUGAAAGAGUUGCUGACAGUUCCCUUUCUUCCGCCAGAGAUUGACAAAACAUACCAGCUUGGGGAGUAUGAGAACAGCAUCAACUACAAGAAUAUUCAGGCUGAAAAAUUGCUGGACAGAUUUUUCAGAUACUGCAAAAUGGUUGUGGACUUCACCGCUGAGGAGGCUUUCAAGAGGUUGAGGUACUGUGAGGAUCAAAUCAAGAAAAAGACAGUCUUCUCAAAGGACUCAUUACACAUGCAGAAGAUGAAGAAGCAAGAGAGAGAGCAAAACCUGAAGGAUGCUAAAAGGGAAACUGCCUUCUUGGGGAACUUUGUGAAGCUGGUGGACCAGAUGAUUGUGGAGCACAUGUUCCAGAUCACCAAGUCCCAGGCCACUCACUUCGUCCACUCUGUGCUGGAGAUUGGGAUGGAUGCUCCGCGGGAGGGAUUCUUCAAAGCCAAUCUAGUCUUCAAUAAGCAAGAUAUGUUGGGGCUGUCCCCUUCCAAGGACAGAUUCCAGAAGGUUCUCAGCAACACGUUGCGAGGCAUACCACAGAUUCUUAUGUCAAAGGUCAUCGCAAUAGAUGGCUGUGUGCAGGACAAGGAAUCCCUUGAGGGGGAUACGACAGCACGCUCCGAGGGCCACAAACAUCCUGACAAUAUUCACAGACUGUCCAUCAGUUUUGCUCAGGCAACUGUGGAAGGCAAGAGUGGCACUGCCUCACUGAUAAGUUCCCUCAAGCAAAGCAGCCACCAGACAUUUGGCACAGGUUCGGAGCCGCCAGCCUCCCACUUAGAGGGAACCUCGGGGGACCGGGACGUGGACGGAGAGACGGUUGUCAGCUCGGUCAAAGUCACAGGAGAUGGACCUCUACCACUUCCUGACCUGCCCAAACAAGCCACACCAUCAAAAGAGGAAGAUGAAAUGGGCGUGGCCACACCUGAGUUGGUGAUGCUUCAUGCAGAUGAUGGACAGUUGGUGGUGGAGGGUGAGGGCUUCAUGGGUCAGUACAGCCCUUUGUCUAAGGCCAACCUGGAGGAGAAGCUGCACUUGGAUCAUGAGUACCAAGCUGCUUUGAAGAAACAGAUGACACUGAUGGCUGUAAGCAUGGAGGAGAUAGACCACUACUGUGAACUCAACAAGUGGCUGAAUGAGAUACACCAGUACUGCCGGCGCUGGAAUGAGAAGUCGGUCAAAGAGUUCCGAGGGGCUGCUGCAUUUGCCAUUGAGCAAAAACUGACAGAACUGCGCCAGUGGUCGGAGAAAGUGAGGAACUUUGAUCGGAACUAUGUGACAGAGAAUGGCAUGUUCUACAUCGACUGCUCUGCUAUCCAUGAGGGGCUACUGCCGCGCCUUAAUGAUAUUUACCAGGAGCUCAUUACAUUUGUGGCUGAUGAAGCUAAGAGCCUGGCCAAGAACUUUGCUGAGGAGAUGAAUGUCAUUCUCAAGAACAUGACAGACAAGCGAGAGGAUGUUUCAUCUUUUGCCUCAUUUGCCAAAAACUUUGGCCACUACAAGAAAAACACUGUACAGUACCAACAGCGAGUUGAGUACAUCAAAUCACUUUACGAGGUAAUCCGCAUGAGCUACAGACAGCUGACCAAUGAGGAGGAGAAGCAUGAGGAAAGGGUCUGGUCCUCCUGGGAAGCCUUCCUCAUGCAGAUGCAGGAUGCCUCAGAGUUUGUGAACAUACAGACGCCGCUCAUGAUGCAGCAGCUGGAGGAGGCAUUCCAGCGGCUGAGAAAAGAAGCCACCAUGCAGUCUGAGCUGGCCACAACAGGCAUGUUUUUGGACCCCACGGUCAAUGCUCUCAAGAUCCUGGCAGACAUGAAAGUGAUUCGAGAGAAGUUCUUCAGCACUCAGACUCAGCUUCAGGAGGCUAGCCAGUGGCGUGAGGCAAUCCUAGGGGAGCCAUACAGCCUCAAGUUCCUCAAUGAGAUGAUUAUGAAGAUGGACGUGAGACAGGAGCUGUGGAAGUAUGUGGAGGUCUCCACACACACCAUCAAAGACUGGAAACAAAUGCUCUUCAAGAAGAUCAACAUCAAGAAAGCCCUGGAGAAAGUGAUUGAAUGGCAGUCGGCAGCCUCCCAGCUCAAGCCUCUUGUGGGACAUGGGGACUCCGUGCUCACAGCCUGGUACCGACAGCUGCAAGAUUUUCGGAAAGAUCUUCCCAUCUUGCACAAACUGGCCAACGAUGCUCUCAGGGAAAGACAUUGGCAUGCCAUAUUUCUGGGGCUGAAUGAGCCGUUUGACCCCAGUCAUCAGUUCACAGUGGCUGAGCUGAUGUCUUACAAUCUGUCAGACCAUGCGGAGCUGGUCACUGCCACAUACCUGAGCGCUCUCGCAGAGUAUGACCUGGAGCAGAGGCUGAAUCGCAUCACCAAGUUCUGGCAUGACAGGCAGUUCAAACUGGCAAAACAUAUUCCUGACAGCAUGUUUACCAAAGAACCUGCCAAGCGUGGAGGUUCAGGCAAGCGGCCAACAAAGUUGGAGCGCUACCGACAAGAGCGGGCUGCUGCAAUGGCUGGGGCUCAGAAAGGCCUGGAGGUUGCCAAUGAUGACUUCUACGUGCUGAUUGAGGUGGAGGACCUGAAGUAUCUGUUAGAGGAUGCUCGCUGCACUGUGGAUGCCAUGUUGGCUUCUCCGUACGUCGGGGACAUCAAGAGCCAGGUAGAGUACUGGUGCCAGGCUCUGAGGGAGAUUGAGGAGAUCGCUGACCAGUGGGUGGAGUGCCAGAAGAAGUGGCUUUACCUUUUGAAAAUAUUUGAGAGGGCUGAACUCUAUCGCAAGUUCUCUCAACAAGCCUUCAAAUUUGAAGCCAUUCACACAAAGUUCAAGGACUGGAUGAGGGUUGUGUCAAACGACUCCAAAUGUUUAUCUGUUGUGAACCGUCGCCGUGGUGACAAGGGGUAUCGUUUGCUGCAGGGGGACAAUUUGAAAGCUUUGCUGCUUUCUCUAACCAGAGAACAGGAGGAAAUCUUGAGGGACCUUGAGGCUUACAUAGAGAGGUCAAGGUCAAACUUCCCACGCUUGUACUUUCUUAGCAACUUGGAGAUUGUCGACCUCCUGGGUGUGUCUCGCAACCCACAGGCUCUGUUACCCUAUGUGAGAAAGUGUUUCCCUACCAUACAGAACCUCACAUUUGCUCUCCCUCCUGGAAUGGGUGGCCUCAACUCUCAACUGGAUUUUGCCCUGAACAGUGACAAACUGGAAGUUGUCAGUAUCCAUGGGUCCUGUGGUGAAGAGUUACCUCUGUACACCAGGGUCAAGGCCAUGCCACUGGCUACAAACUGGCUGCUCAACAUCAACGACAUUCUCAAGAACACCAUGUCCAUCCUCAUGCAGGCUUGUGUGCAGGCCAGGAUGGAAGAAGGAACAAGACAACCUAUCCUCAUCCUUGAGGAGCUGGCCCGACUGGGAGGACACUCGGCAUCACCGAGAGUGGAGGAGCUGAGCUCGGAGAUCAAGUCUCGCUUCCGGCACUGGCUGCUCCGGUUCCCUGUCCAGUGUGUGAUCACGGCCGAGGCUGUCAUGUGGGAGAGAGGGAUGACUCGUAUACUGGAGAGAGAGGAUAAGGAUGAGCUGCGGAUGCUCAGGUCGAGCCAUGGCGCCAAGUUGGACCAGCUGGUUGAUGUUCUACAGGAGACCCAGACCCGUGCUCGUAUCAAUGACAAUGACCGACAGAGGCUGAGACUCCUCAUCUCUGGAUUGCUCAACCAAAGCAUCUAUCACAGGGACAUUAUGGAAAACUUGAUAGAGAGCAGCCAGGUGACAGAUGCUGCCUUUGACUGGCUCAAGAUUUUGAAGUUCCGAAUGGACAUCCGAAACAUUCUGAGGGCCAAAACUGUGAUGACGGAGAGCUCAGCCAAUGCCUCAACGGGUGGCGUUCAGAAACAAGCUCGGAGAUCAUCUGUGAAAGCAAAGAAAGAUACCAAAGUGACUAUUGAAGAGACUCCAAAGCUGUCGAGGACCUUAACCACUGUGUCAACGGACUAUCAGUUCAGUGCCUGCUACAUUCAGCAGCUGGGAAAUGUAUUCAGCUAUGACUACGAGUAUUUGGGCCCUAGUAGCCAUCUAGUGGUCACUCCACUGACAGAGCGAGCUUUUCUGGCUGUUGGACACGCGCUGAAGACAUUCCAUUGUGGCACGAUGAUUGGGCCCAAUGGCACUGGGAAAACGGAGACAGUCAGAGAGCUGGCCAAGCUCCUGGGUCGCUGCAUCUUCACCAUCAGCUGCCACGAGAGCAUUACCCUUCCCAUGAUGCUGCAGUAUAUGACGGGGAUGGUACAGUCAGGCUGCUGGGCCCUGUUUGAUGACACUGACCGGCUGACAAGAGGUCUCAUGUCAGUGACUGCACAGCAGUUGGACUAUUUGCGAACAGCUCUCAGGACUCUGGAUGUAAACAGUGAGAACCAGUAUCAGAUCAGAGGGCACUCCCAUUUUGACAAGGUUUUUGCAAUGAAAGCUGGUAUGGGUGACAAAGUCAUCAGACGUAACUCUUUGACGACCCUACACCCGUUGCCCCGAGUUGAGGUUCAGCCUUCACCUCUGAUGGAGCGGCAGAGGACUGUGCCUCAUGGAUUCAAUGAGAAGGGUCUUGUGACUUACUUUGAAGACACAUGGGUGGCUGAAAGAGAUCAGAGACGUCAUUCCAUCGAGAGAGAGAUUGAGAUCAAAGAGUCAGACUUGUACAAGAGUAACAAGCCGCCUCCUUUGUUCUAUGAACAUGUAAAGGCCGGCAGGAAACGGUCACCUCCAGACUUCUCCAAACUGACCGCUGAACCAUCAUACUCGCACAGAAUGCUGGGUAAUGUCAUGUUCAACGGGAAACUUAUCCAGGCCAGCUCCAACUUUGGGUGUUUCAUGACCUUGAACGCUAACAAUCCUGCAUCAUCUGACAUACCUUACAAUUUCCGCGUGCUCAUGCGACCCUGUGCUCUGAUUGUUCCUGACUCGGAGAAGAUCAUCUCUGUGACUCUGCAGAGCUAUGGCUACCACAAACAUGCACUCUGGGCACAGAAACUGACUCUGUUCUUUAAGUUCUUGGAAACACAGAUGCCCCGCCAGAAACAGCACCAGGCUUCCUUGCGUGAGAUCAAGAGAGUUCUAAUGCUGGCUGUCGCCAAGAAGGUGGACACAAACUUCCUGCAUGAGAUCAGCGGUGAUGCUCCGGGAGUGUCUGAUGGCACCGAAUGGAAGCCCAGCAGUGCCGAGUCUACCCCAGAAGUGGCGGAGGAGCACAGUCUGGUGUUUGCUCUCAAGGAGAUCCUGAGCCCACGCUACGAGAGUGAGGCUGAGACCAACAAGUUCCUGGACCUUCUGCGAGAGGUUUUCCCGCGUGCAAUCAGCGAGCAGUCCAACAGCUCUUACUCUGCUCUCAACCAGCAAGUGUCGACGGCCAUAUCGGAGGUCUUCAAAGAGGACAAGAUGGAAGCUAAUGACAUCUUGUUUGACAAGAUCCUGCAACUCCACAAAGCAGUGGACACAAAGACACCAGUCAUCUUGACUGGUCAAACAGGCAGUGGAAAGACCAAAGCCUACCACACCCUGGCCCGUGCCAUCAACUUGCUGAAUUACAAACAGUAUGCCCCUGACCACUCCAAAGAUGAGCUGAGCACAGAGAGGGAUGUCCUGUUCCAGACAAAACAGAAGCUGAAGGAGUUAGAUGAGGAGAACGCAGACCUCUUGAAAGAUAUGGAUGAAGAUCUGAAGCCCAAACAGUCCACAGGGAUCAAGAAACUGCAGAAGCUCAAGCUGAACAUCUCCAUGGCCAAGGCUGUCAAAACCACUGGGGAAGGGGCUCGUAAAGUUCAACAAGACUCAUCUGAGUUUCCCAAGAUUGAUCUUGUUCAUCUGUUCCCUGGGGCAAUGACUCCCCUUGAGCUCCUGGGUACCUUCAAAGAUGGUAUGUGGCAUGGAGGUCUGUUGGGCAAAAUUGCCCGUGACUCUUACUUCAUGUGGUUGGCCACAAAGUCCUUUAUUGAGAACCAAAAGAAUGCAGACAAGAAGAAUGUGAAAGGACCAGUGGAGCUACCGUCAAUCCUGCAGCGCUGGCUGGUUCUGGAUGGUGACCUUGACCCUGUCUGGACAGAGGGUGUCAAGACCAUGCUGGAUGAUGAGCAACGUCUGUCUGUUGGAAAUGGCGAAGGGAUCUUACUCAAAGAUUCCACCAACGUUAUCUUUGAGACAAGUGACCUCAAAUCUGCUGCCCCGUCCACCAUUGCCCGUGCGACUGUCGUGUUUUGUGGACCAGGCACCACCAACUGGACCUCACUUUAUCACACCUGGAAGCUGACAGCUCCAUCAAAAUGGCUGCUCACUUCAGUUGGCCUGAAGAUUCUGGAUGACCUCAUCAAUGAUGUUCUGCCCUCCACUGUCAAGUUUUUGUCCUCGGAAUGCCAGACAGCGCUUCUCACUGACGUCGGCUCUUCAUCGGCCUCUGCAAACCAGGUCACUCCAGGUGUUUCUGAAAUCUCGGCCUUCUUGAGGAUUUUCUCUGCCAUGCUCGAUCGCUCACUGAACAGAGAAGAGAUGGAGAAGAAAAUGAGAUGGGAAGAAGAAGCAGCCUCCAUGAUUGAUCCACCAGAAUCCAAGAAAGGAGACCGACAAGUGCCCCCAUCUAGACAGAUGGGCAGCCGGCUGACCAACGCUUCACAGAUUGAGUCGGUCAUCCCAAACUAUAGGGAGAACCUGAAAGGGAUGUUUGCUUUCUCUUACAUUUGGGCUUUUGGAGGUCAUUUACAUGACAGGUUCCGAGAGCGGUUCAGUAAGUUUGCCCACGAUGCCUUGUACCGUGCCAGUCAUUCCAUCCGACUGCCACUGUGGGGUCAAGUCUUUGAUUACUAUCUGGAUGAAAGCAAUGGAACCUUUGCGAAAUGGAGUGACCGACAGCAGCAAGACCGCGUUAAAAAUCUGGCUGGCUUCCUCGUCACGCCUGAGGUGGACCGCUAUUCAUGUUUACUGGAGCUGUUGAUGGCUUCCCACCAGCCCGUCCUUCUUUCAGGCUCUCCAGGUGUUGGAAAGACCUCUCUUGUACAGAGCAUGGUCCUGGCAAAAAUGCCGUCCUCCUCCGUGACCAUGUCCCGUGGACUGACUGCAUCCAUCUUCCAGGAUUUGCUGAUGGGUCAUGUGCUGGACAUCCAGAGCAAGACCAAUGCCGCUGUGGGUGGGCCGGGGGCGGGAGCUGCACCAGUGGCUCAGAGACAUCUCUUCUUUGUGGACGAUCUCAACAUGGCCCCGGCUGUGGGAGGUUACCAGCCUCCCCUCGAGCUGAUUAGGCACAUCCUGACGGAAGGAGGAACAUAUGAGAGACACAGGAAGGAGUUCCAGAAGACAGAGGAGGCUGCCUUCAUUGCGGCCACCACUCUCCCAGCUGCUGCUGGAACGGGACUUGGCAACGCCUGUCAUGUGAUGUCAUCGCGACUGACUCGACAGUUUGUCAACCUGACUGUGUUUACCCCCUCUGGAGACGCGCUGCUGACCAUGUUCUCUAGACCGUUGCAGACGUGGCUAGAGGAGUUCCCCACCUACUCAGUGGAACAUCACUACGAGUUUGCCAAAGCCAUGUCUGAGGGGAUGCUGGAAUUGUACCAGGCUGUGAAGGAUCGCCUCCGACCCAGCCCGGCCCACGCUCACUACAUCUUCUCCCUCCAUGAUCUGGCCCGAGUUGUUCAGGGGAUCAUGCUCAUGUCUCCGAGGACUCGCAUCAAGAAGGUCAAGGUCAAGAAACGAGAAGCUGAGAAGUUGGGCAGCCUGAGGUCACGUAACCCAGAAGUGAACUCUGCUCCAAUGAUGCGGGUCAUUGCUCAGCUCUGGUGUCAUGAGGUAUCCAGGAACUUUGGUGACAGAAUUAUCAACGCUGAUGAUCAAGCAUGGUUCAGCAAAAUGGUUGAGGAUGUGGUGACCCGACACUUUUGUUCAUCUCGCGAUGAUGUUCGGCCAGAAAUGUCUGCUAUAUCGGAGGAGCCAACCAUGUAUCGCAAAUCCCCACCUCUUCAGCGACGACAGUUUGCAUCCCCGCCACCCAAAAUUGCCUCUCCUUGUGAUGAUGAUGAGGAGGAAGAAGAGGAGGACUCUGGAGAGACAGAUAAGGCAAAGACAGACGCUCUUAUGGAAAGACUGAAUGUAACAUCCAGACAGGAAGGAACCGGACCUUCAUCGUCUCGAGCGUCCAAGCGUAAUGGGGAGGAGGGACUGAGUCCUUUAGACAUGCAGUCUGCCACGCAGGCAAGUACUCCUCGUAGUGAGUCGAGGUCUGCGCUGACCGGCGCAACAUCGGUUCAGACAGCGACCACAGAAGGUGCCACACACGUCACGUCGGAGUCAGAUUCUCUCUCGGAGUCCAACAGCCAGCUCGACAAAAGCAUCGUGUCCACCACCACAGGCGGUCGAGAGACCGAGCUAGGGGACAUCCAUGAGGCAGAGACGGAAUACGAUGGAGAAGGCACCGAGAUUGGAGACAAAGUGACCACUACCCAAACGUCUGAUGACUCGGAUGACUCGGAUGACUCUGACUCAACAUCUGAAGUGUCCAGUUCCUCAGCCACAGAGACUUAUGCCAGCAUGUCAGAAUGGGCUAAAGGUUCGCCAGAAUUGCUAGCAUGUAGCUCCAUGAUUCUGGAGCAGAAUCCCACCCGAGAAAAUAGCUCUGCUGGAGAGUUCAUCACUGCAAGUGCAAGUGGAACUCCCCGUAAUAAAAGACAAGGCUCUCGGGCGGCAAAGCGUGGGGUUACAUUCAAGGCAGGUCUCAUUGCUGACAAGGAGCAUGAGGCGUAUUAUGGCCCUCUGGUGUCCCUUGAUGAGAUCAAAGGAAACAACAAUAUGCUCACGGAUUUGAUCUUCAGCAAGUACUUCAUGGCAUGUCACACAGAGACUCAUGGCUUUCCUACUGAAAAAGGCUACAUGGAAAAUGGAGAGGAGGUCUUGGCCGAUGCCUUGCAGACAUGUCUGUCUCGCUACAAUGAUGGUACCUCCCAGCGACUGGAACUUGUGUUUUUCUCUGAGGCCGUCCGCCACGCUGCUCGGCUGAGUCGUGUGCUGGCCCACCCAAAAGGUCAUGCACUUCUCUUGGGCAUGAGCUACUGUACCGGUCGUGCCACUGUGGCGCGUCUCGCCGCAUUUGUCGGACACUGCAAACUGUACGAGCCCAAGCCUCAGUCAGCCUCUGAGUUGAACCUGCGUGUCGUGAGAAGACAUAUCAAACUCAGUUGUUUCCACGCAGGCAUCACGGGCAAGCCCACAGUGCUUUUGGUACAUGAAGACCUAGGGGAGGAGUGUCUGCAGGACGUCAGUGCUGUCAUGGCAGAAGGUACAUCGCCUGGGCUGUACUCGGACGAGGAGGUGCAGGACAUUGUGGGUCACAUGAUGCCCGGCGGUGUCCAGACCAAGCGCGUGGACAAGAUCGAGCAAGCGUUUGAACGUUUCAUCAAGCGAGUCCGGCAGAAUUUGCAUGUUAUUGUCUGUUUGAACUACAAAGGAAACAGCUUCUCCACAGACUUUCACGCCCUGCAGGACAAACUCCACACGUACCCUGGCCUCAUCAAGAACUGUUUCAGCAUUGACCUCUACCUGCCCUGGAGUUUCCGUGCCCUCUCUCAGGUGGCCCGUGCCUGGCUGGAGGACACCAAGUCGGGGGUAAGGAUUCCUUGGAACCCUCACAGGAAAAUGGAGCAAAUAGAAAUGGCGUCCAACACUAUGGCCUACAUUCACUUGUCUGCCAAGGCCGCCAUUGAGAGGCAGUUCUGCCACCAAAAGGAGCCACUGAGAAUCUUCACACCUCUCACGUUCCUGGAGUUUGUUCACAUCUUCAAAAUAGUGGCUGCAUUCCUUGUGAAAACAGAGAAGGGCAAAGGUGUCAAAUUUGAGCAGGCUCUUAGCAAGAUUGAUGAAGCUUUUGGGAGCAUUGCUGAAUUCAAGAAAGAGGUUUCUGACCUUAUGCCACGUCAGAAAUCUGCCAACUCAGAGAUCCGAGAUCUGGUCACACAAGUGGAGACCCACAAGCAAGAAUACAUUGUGGCAUUGGACAAAUGUAAAACCCAGGAAGAGAAAAUCAUCGAGUUGCAAGUGCCUCUUGAGAGACUCAGGAAGUCAGCUCAGUCUGAGUUUGACAAGGUAAACCCCAUUUAUGAGGCAGCGGCCCAAGUGUUGGAUAACCUGGACUAUGCUUGUGUGGAGGAGUUAAAGAGUUACCCAUCACCUCCAGAGACGGUCGAGUAUGUCAUGAAUGCUGUCUGCCUGCUUUUCAACAAGCCACAAACCUGGGAUAGUGCCAAGUCUUUGAUGGCUGACAAGAGCUUCUUUCAAGAACUCAUCUUCUACAACAAGGACGACAUCCCAGAGGACAUCUUCAAUGCUUUGAAAAGGUUUAUGGUCAACCCGUUGUUUGAUCCACACGUGGUCCGUUUUGCCAGUAGUGCCGCUAGCUCCAUGUGCUGCUGGGUGAGGGCUGUCUACAUGUACAGUAGCAUUCACCGCAAGAUGCAGCCACACCUCAAGAACUUGUUGGAUGCGGAGAACAAGUUUACCAAGGCCCAAGCCCAACUAGGUCAGCUGAGAGUGGAGGCUCACCGCAUCAAAAACAGCUUGGAGCAGCACAUCAACCAUCACAAGGAGGCAGUUAAAGUGGCCAAGGCCAUUGAGAAACAGAUACAGGCUGUGGAGAGGCGUAUUGCCCGAGCCAACAACUUGAUGGAGAACAUGUCCAUGCAACAUUUCCUGUGGAGAUCAGAGCUGAAGAAGACCCGCAAGCAAAUCGCAUCAGCUCCCGGUGAUGCCAUCAUCACAGCCGCUUGUGUCGUGUAUCACGGGCCACUGGAUGACAAGUCCAGGCUGGAUCUGAUCCACGAAUGGCUGGACCGGAUCAAACAUAGCACUCUGGAUGCUCAGACCUACAUGGAUCGGGAGCCUUAUUCCGUCACUGCGCGGCUGGAACUCCUCAUGGAGGGUGGGGGGUCACAGGUUCAAGGACGGAGGAACAGCGGAGAUGUGAGUGAGGCAGCUUCUGGCUCUCAUGCCACAGAGACGUACAGGAGUGAGGUCAGCUCUAACCUUCCAUCCCACCCUCAGGUGAAGACAUUCAAGUACAUGUCAGCAGUGUAUGACAGCAGCAAGUACUACAAGAACGAGCUGAAGAAACAGGACACCAUGGAGAGUGUCAUCCUGGAGGAAGAUGUCAUGGAUGACUCGGACGACGAGGAUGACCAUGGUCCACUUCCGACCCGCCCCAAUCUUACGCUGCAGGACAUUCUCUCUGACUUUGAUGAGCUCAGUGACUGGAGGAUGCAGAACCUGCCUACAGACCUGCACUCGGUCCAGAAUGCGCUGAUGAUGCGUGUAUGCUGUCACAACCGCAAACACUGCUGGCCGCUGCUCAUCGACCCAGACAACCAGGCAGAGAUGUGGGUCAAAGCCUUGCAGAACAGCCAGAAUGUCUUCACUGAACGUGAUGUGGCAGACUUUGCUGUGGAAGACGCUAUCCCCAUUGAUGAAAGAAGCUUGCAAAAAAGUAGUGAGCAAGACAUCCCUGAGCCCCCACCCAGCAGAGGCACCAUCCUGACCUUCUCUGACGUGACAGAGUACACAUUCGCUGACAGUCAGUCCCAGUACACUUCCACCUCCAGGGCUAUGACAAGCCAUGGCUGGCUGUCAAGGCACACAGGUGACAGUGAUGAGCUGCGUCCCGUGACAUCAGUGACAAACAGCUGGGACAGCUAUAACUUGAAUGCUGAGACCGAUUUGGAUGUCCCGGACUCGAGUCUGUGGGUGUUGGAGGCUGAUGACCCAAACAUCAACUCCCGGCUCAUCAAUGCCAUUGUGCAUGGUGUGACCGUUCUUGUGACCCAUCUAGAGAGGAAACCGCUGGACCCGUUUUUCAGAGGUCUCUUGCUCAAGCAGUUCUACGUGGACAAGGAAGGAAACAAGAUCGUCAAGGUCGGAGACAUGGCCUUCAACUACCACCCCAACUUCUGCCUGUACCUCAGCACCACUGUCCCGCUGUUUGUGAAAGGUGAUGGUCUUUACAGUUUCCCACUGAAUCGACUGUGUGUCAUCAACAUGGCUGUGAGCGAUGAGGCCAUCAUACACAGACUCAUGUUUGAAACGAUGAAGAUUGAGAAGAAAGAGUUUGAGGGACAGAAGAGGUCAAAUGAGAAUGACAUAAUCCUGCAUCGACAGAGACUUGCUAGAGAACAUGAAAUUAUCCGAGAAAAAACUCUCAACCUCAAUGGCCCUCUCCUAGAAGACAAGACUAUGCUAGACUCACUCAUCGUGUGUCAGACCAACGUGGAGAGAAAUCGACAGAUCCUUGAAGAAACCCGCUACAUGGGAGACCACCUGGAGGGGAAAUUUGCCCAUUACUCCCCCUUCAUCAAACACUCGGUGAUGCUGUACAACGUACUGCGUAAAAUGGCGGUGUUGUACCCCUGCUACUAUCUGCCCUUCUACAAGUAUGUGGAGAUGUUUGCGGCUGUCAUUCGGAGCAGGGAUCGAGGCAAGGGGAGUCUGGGUGCACCUCAAGUGCGAGCGCAGGAGCUGUCGGACGCAGUGCUCCACACAGUGAUCAAGUAUGUGAAGCUGAUGAUGUUUGAGCAGCACUACAACCUGCUGUGUCUCCUGGUCUCCCUGGAGCGCAUGAUGCGCCAGCGUAAGGCCAGCAACAAGGAGCUCAGCCUCUUUGUCAAUGGCUGUCUGUCUGCCUGUAAAACAGCUCUGUCUAAUAAACAUGUAUUUUGCUUUAUGUAUUUCUGUUUAUCAUACCUGUCAUUUCUACCAAUAAUCUACUUUUUCAUAGAUUUUGUCCCUACAACACUGCUAAGUGUUUUCUGUAUGAAAUCAUCAUUGCUACUUUCCUUCUCUCAGGCCUGGCUUGACUGCAGUAUCCUGGAGUCCUUGCAUCACCCCUUCCAUGGCCUGUGUCAUUCACUGGUCAACAACUCACAGCAGUGGGAGGAAUACUUCAAGCAUGACGUCAGCCUGGUCAACAUGGUGCCAGGUACAACGCUGCAAGAGUUAUCUCUCUUCCAGAAGUGUCUGCUGUGGAAAGUCAUAUGUCCCCACAAGAUGGCAGAGUUGUCCCAGGCUAUCAUCCUGUACGAGCUGGGCAGUGCUGUGGACCCCGCAGACAACUACAACAUCAGAGAGGUGUUUGCUCGCAAUGACCAACACACACCUACCGUGUUUCUGUUACCGACAUCGGAGAAAGGACCAGCUUGGGAUGGAACUGUUGGCUAUCCAUUUAUGAGCCCCGCCCAUGAAGUGAAGCGACUGGCCCGCGAAGUCGGCAUGGAGGGUAAAGUUCGAAUCCUCAACUUUGGUGUCCAGUCUCAGUGGUCUGAGGUCCAGCAUGCUAUAGAGGACUGCCUGCAGACUGGACACUGGCUACUGCUACAGAACUACCACCUAGCAGAGAACCCAGACCCACAGUUCUUCCAGACUCUGAAGGACUUGAUCUAUGCAAGGUGGACAGAGAAGGAGAAUGCUGAUCGUGGUGAAGUGAGUGAUGAGGGGCGGAGCCUUGUGACCAGGUCUCGGCCCUCCACUCACGUACACUCGAACAAAAUACACAAGUUGUUCCGGCUGUGGAUCACCACCAGGGCUGAUGGAAAGAGAAUUAUACCAGGGUUGCUGAUUCAACAUGGUUUGCGGGUCACCUGCGAGGCAACGGCCAACUUCCGGAGCCUACUAGGCAAGGCAUACAAGUCUACAGGUUUCCUUAUGAGUGCCAAAGCAGCUACUGAAUCAGAGAUGGUCCAGCGGUUCCACAGAGUGAUGCCCCUUGCCCUGCUCCACGCCCUGGUCCUCCAGCAGUCCUACUACGGCCGCCAUGCCUUUGUCAACCACCAGUUCUGGACGCUGGCUGACCUCGCUAAUGCUGUGGACGUCUUCCAAAAUCUCACUGCCUGGACCACAGACCUGGAGUCAACCACAGACCUUGUGGCCCAGGUUUACUCUGGCCAUUGUCGCGAUCUGUCUGAUGCCCGGUCUGUGCAGGCCGUGGUGAAAGAUUUAGCCAGAUACAGCGUACAUGUUGGAGAGAUCUCUGGCAAAGAAGUGAAGGGAGUUGGGCGGCUUUUGCAGCGGUUGAUUGAAGGCAUCAAGGAGACAGGUGACCUGCAGCGGGCACUGGACUCGAUCGAGGACAUCUCGGCCCGGACAUUCUCCCUGCCUGAUGAAGCUCAGGCACACCUCAUGACCUCCAAGAGCAAGAUCUUGAUCAAAGAGCUGACGCAGGCUACAGGGGCCCCUGAACUGUUACUGUCCUCUCAGCUCCGCGGUGGUGCCCCAUCCUCUGCUCUAGCAGGACACAUCUUGCCGGCACUGCUUGACCAACUAACCGCUUGUCCGGUCCUUCCCGACACCUCCUCUGCCCAGAUCAUGCCUCUGGAUGUUUUCUUCAGCCAGGAAGUGGCUGGUUUCAAGCAGUUGUUUCUGAUAGUGCAGAACGACCUCAAGACGUUGUCCAAGGCCGCCCAGGGGGAGAUCUCACUGACCUCUCACAUGUCCUCCAUCUUUAACGAUGUCUGUAAUGACGAAGUCCCGACAGCCUGGCUCGGGGAUGCGUUUGCCACGAGUCCCAGCCUUCGGGUGUGGCUGUCGGAGAUGGCCAUCAGGAUGACAUAUAUCAAAGACUGCUUACUGGAGUGCCCGGCAGUGCUUCACCUCAGCAUGUUUCUGCGGCCCGACAGGUUGUUCCGUGUGGUCAUGCAGACAUACGCCAGGAAAAAUUUCAAGGAUAUAGCUGAUGUGAAACUUGAUUUCCAGGUCAUGCCCGAGGGACUGACUCCAUCUAUGUCUGCAACGUCUGGAGUUUUCCUCACGGGUGUUCAGCUCAAGAACGCCACCUGGGAUACCACACUGAACAUCAUCUCUGAUGCUCCACCUGGACCCCACGGGUAUGGCCCCUUCCCCACGAUCUGGGUCAAACCAGGAGAUGUUGAAGCCUCAACAACAAACAAGUCUGUCCCAGCCCCGGCGGCUAAGAAUGCUGUGUACCUUUGCCCGCUGUACAGCGCCCGGCACUCUGACCACCACUCAGAUGCCAAUGUGUUGUGGAACAUUCCCUUACCGUCCCUGGAGCACCCGAAUAUUUGGGCCCAGAAGCGGGUAGCUCUCACCCUCAUGGCAGUUUGAAGGACUGGCACAGCUGCUGUUAUUACCGACUUGUCUUUAGACUAACAUUAUUCAUGGCGAAGAAAAGCCCAUCUCCCAAUCCAACAACAGAAAAAAAUGCUCUUACUCAAGAAGGUGAUGUUGGCCUAUUUCUAGUUUGGUUUCCACACAAUGCCAUUUUAUUUUCUGAGAAAGAGAGAAGUUUCUAAUGGUUUUAUUGAUAGAAAAAAAAACUAUCAGAAUGCUUCACAGCUCUCUGCCAAAAUGUUUUAUUCAUGUGCCUGCUUGUUAGGGGAAAUUGAAUCCUUCAAACUCCCUCCAAAAUGUGUGUUGUAUUUCAUUUCCUCGUUAGACUUUCAUCAUGUUGCAGCAGAUCUGGUGUUAUAUUUUCAGAAAUGCUAAUUAUACUGCUGACUUAAUUGCCAUUCCAAAAGAUAUGAGGUUUUUACUUUUUAUUUACAUAUUUGUAUGCAUAUUCAAUUGUGAUAUAUUGAUUUCGUGUGAGUACCACUCACACUGACUGGCUUUUGUAGUGAUUUUUUAAAUUGUAUGUCUUUCCAUAUCAUGUGUAGCAUGAUACAGAAUAUUUGACUUUAUUUGACUCUGUGACUGUGAUAGUAAUGUUAAACAUACACAGAAUUUAGUUGGUACAUACUGCUGUUUUCCUUUCAGACACCAUUGGGCGAAGUAGUGUUUUAAUGACAUGAUUUGAGUUAUCAUUUCAUCAAACAGAGAGUAUGUCAUUUCUGUUUUGUAUAUAAAACAUUGAUACAGAGGCAACCCAAUUUCAUGUACUUGAAGUUAUUUCUUUGAAAAAUGUAAUGAUGUCUUGUGAGAGACAUAUUGAAAGAUGCUGCUAUGAUUUUCAAUUCAAGUAAGUGAAAUCAAGGUUAUGAAAGUGUACAGAUUUUAUGUUUUUUUAGUUGAUGGCAGAAAAAAGUAUUGAUUUUGGAAACUUCUUUUAAAAAAAAUUAGUGCAUCCUUGCAUUAUUGCCGUCUUAAUGUGUCUUAUUAUUGUGUUAACAGAAAAAAAAUACAACUUUGGUUUGACUGUUUCUGAAGUGAGAAAGUCUGGACAGAAAAAUGUUAUAAAUGCUAGAGAAGCAAACCAAAUGGUUGGAGAACCUUGGAACCCCUAACGGUUCAAGUUCAAGAAUAUCUCCCUGAGGGAUUUGAACCAGGGUCACCUGCGUCAGAGUCAAAGGUUAUGUCUGUUGAAGAAACACCUCUUUUUUGGAGUAGUGUUAUUUUAUAAAUCCAUAAUUGGCAAUCUUUUCUGACCCAUUUGGAGUAUUUUGCUUUAAAAGAAACUGAUUUUAUUGUUUUAUAAAUUAACAGUUAUUGUUAAAUUGUAAAGAGAUAUUUUUACCACGACAAGUAUUGUGAAUUUGUCAAUCACUUAAACUUUUCUAACUAUUGUGAUAUUUCUGCUGUUAAUUAUACUGCUGAGCUGAAGAAAUGUAUUUUUCAUAUUGUACAAAAUAAGUAAAAAUCUAAUGCUGUGAACGUUUCUUUUGUAUAGGAAGCAGAAUCAUUUGAGAAGCUGUGUGUUUUCUCACACAUCAUAAUUCAUGGCCUGUGAGUGCUGUAAUAAAAUGUCUCAUAAACUA